AUGCCCUUGCCAUAUCACCUUUAUGGCUGUGUAAGCAAGUAUGUCCAGACAGUUGGAAGACACCCAUCGGUGUCGCCGCUCUUUGUCACACUGUCACACUGUCACACUGUCACACUGGGCUGUGCUCCCCCCCCCCCCCCCGUGCUCUUCUCUGGCCUGUUUCUGAUCGUUACCACUAGUGGAGUGAGUGCCGCUGGUAAGGUAGUGGAACCCCGGAACGCAUCCGCGGUCACAGAGUUCCAGCUCUUGGGAUUCCGGAGCCUCCUUGCGUGGCAGUCUCUUCUCUUUGCCAUUUUCCUGCUCUUCUACCUCCUCACGGUCACGGGGAAUGUGGUCAUCAUCGCUGUGGUGAGCAAGGACCCUCGUCUGCACUCUCCAAUGUACACGUUCCUCCAGCACCUGUCCUUCCUGGAGAUCUGCUACACGUCCACCACGGUGCCCCCGCUGCUGGCCAACCUGCUCUCCUGGGGCCACACCCUGCCCUUCUCUGCCUGCAUGACGCAGCUUUAUUUCUUCGUGUUCCUCGGCGCCACUGAGUGCUUCCUCCUGGCUGCAAUGGCCUACGACCGGUACCUAGCCAUCUGCAGCCCCCUCCGCUACUCCCUCCUCAUGAGUUCUCACAGAUGUGCCGUGCUGGUGACAGUCUCCUGGGUCACAGGCGUGGGCACGGGCUUCCUGCCUUCCCUGAUGAUUUCUAGGUUGGACUUCUGUGGGCCCAACCAGAUCAACCAUUUCUUCUGUGACCUCCCCCCACUGAUGCAGCUGUCCUGCUCCAGUGUCUUCGUGACUCAGAUGGCCAUCUUCAUCCUGUCCAUCGCUGUGCUGUGCCUCUGCUUCUUCCUGACCCUGGUGUCCUAUGUUUGCAUCGUGGCCUCCAUACUGAGGAUCCCCUCAGCAUCUGGCCGGAUGAAAACCUUUUCCACAUGUGGCUCUCAUCUGGCUGUGGUCACGAUCUACUAUGGGACCAUGAUCUCCAUGUAUGUGCGCCCCAACGCACACCUGUCGCCCGAAGUCAACAAAGUCAUUUCUGUCUUCUACACUGUGGUCACACCACUGCUGAACCCAGUGAUCUACAGCUUGAGGAACAAAGACUUCAAAGAGGCUGUUAGGAAAGUCAUGAGAAGGAAGUGUGGUGUCUAUGGAGCUGGAGGGAAAGGAAGCCUCUCUCUUAGAUAG